CAAACAAUAAAUCGCGCCUCAACAAACCCCUCAAAACACUGGGGCUCGUUGACGAAUAUAUGCCUCAGUACAGGACUUAAGUGUCAGUGAUUCUUGCCUUCAUCAACCCCACUUACGACCCUGAACACUUUCCCCGGUCAUAUUCAAAAUGCCUGCCGAGACCGGAAACGGCUCAUUGGCCGUCAAUAGCGAUCUGCAUGAGGAAGCGGCCAAACAUCCAAGUCAAAUCAACAACGAAAACAAAGUUCCUAAUGACGCCCUCCCGGAAUUUCAGGCCUCGAGGAUCGGGUUAUCGGUUCUCAAUGGCGGGGAAGCAUCUUACAAGACGACUAAAUCAAAACAGACCCCCGUCAUUGACAUCACAAAGGACUUGUGGGCACUCGUAGCCCAGCAGAUGCGAGCAACACCAAAUGCCAUUGCCCUGGAGGAUGAGACCACGAAAUUGACCUACAAUGAGCUGGACCAGCGAGUCGCUGUCCUCUCCAACCGCCUCCGGGAUCAUGGAGUCGAUCGUGACAACCUCGUCGGGGUACUUCUGGGACGCAGCGCAAACUAUGUGAUAGCUUGCCUCGCGGCUCUUCGUGCGGGAGGAGCAUUCCUAGUUCUGGAGCUGGCCUACCCUCCCAACUUGCUGGCUGAUGUUAUCGACGAUGCCAAACCGACGGUGGUGAUCACAAACACAACUCAGGCCAACCAAAUCAAGGCAGAGAUCCCGCUCAUCAUCCUCGACGAAAUGAAGAUGGGUCAUUACACCCCGCCAGGAACUCCAUCCCAGAAAGAACUCUCACCAUUACCUGCUGAGGAUGACCUGGAACGACUUGCUUUUGUGAGCUAUUCAUCCGGGACGACGGGCCGUCCGAAGGGGAUUGCCAAUCCACACAUGGCACCGGUGAUCUCGUAUAAUCUGAGGUUCCAACUGAGUGAUCUGUCUCCCGGUGAUCGCGUGGCUUGCAAUGUGUUCUUCAUUUGGGAGAUGCUCAGACCUCUUUUGAGAGGAGCAACUGUAGUUUGCGUCCCAGACGAGGCUAGCUACGACCCUGUUGCACUUGUAGAUCUGCUCCGCAGUCGACAUGUUACAGAGACUCUCAUGACACCGACUCUGCUUGCUGCGGUGCUUUCUAGGCACUCAAAUAUUCAGAAAGACCUCCCAGACCUUCAUACGUUGUGGUUUAAUGGUGAGGUGGUCACCACCGAUUUAGCUCGCCGCGCCAUGAAGGCGCUUCCGAAGACACGUCUACUGAAUUGUUACAGCGCCAGCGAAACCCACGAGAUUGCUUGUGGAGAUAUUCGGGCCAUCAUUGACAACGAUGCUCCGUACUGUCCGGUUGGCCCUCCCAUGGAACCACACAACAUCCACAUCCUUCAUGAGAGUGGCCGGGAGGUUGACAUUGGUGUCCCUGGGGAGUUGUUCGUUGGUGGAUCUCUUCUUGCUCGGGGUUAUCUCAACCUUCCCGACACUACUGCCGAAGCUUUUGUACCGAACCCCUUCGAUCCAACGCCUGGAUCCCGCAUGUACAGGACUGGGGAUCUUGCACGUAUGCUCCCGACAGGAAUCUUAGAGAUUACUGGCCGCGUUGGAGCUAUGAUCAAGGUCAGGGGCUACAGCGUGGUACCUGGCAAGGUUGAAAAUGCCAUUAUUGAACAAUUGGCUGUUAAGCAAUGUGCGGUGAUCGCUCAUGGCGAUGGGCUUGACAGACAACUAGUCGCCUAUAUUGUCCGUGACAAGGAAGAACCAGGCGGCCGCCCCGUCCCCAUCAUCGAUGAGGCUGGGUACAGUCUGGUGGCUCGAAGAACGCUGUCUACUUCGCUAGCACAGUACAUGAUCCCUGCUCUCUGGGUUGAGCUUGAUGAAUUGCCCACCAACAGAGUCUCUGGGAAAGCCGACCUCAAACGGCUGCCUCCACCCGGUGUCUCCAUCUCAACUAUAUUCAACCACACGAAGACGGAGCGCGAUACCAGAAUCACCAUCGAGGCCAUUGCCGAAACAUGGGGUGCAGCCCUCAAUGUGCCAUUCAGCUCCGUGACAAAGGAACACACAUUUUUCGACCUCGGAGGACACUCCUUGACACUUGCCGAUCUUGCUACCAGGCUGUCUAAGACAUUUGGCUUUCCAGUCCCAGUUGGGCGCCUUGUUGUGAACCCGACGCUUGAGGGUCACUUGGAAGCCUUGUGUUCUAUUCGAGAUGGGCAUACAGCAGCAGUACAAGCAGACUUGCCUGCUGUGCUCCGUGCGGAUUCUACUCUCCCUGAAGACAUACAGCCAUCUGGCGCUGCUAUAUGCCCACUCAAGGAUGCUAGCACGGUUUUAUUGACUGGUUCCACGGGCUUUCUUGGCGCCUUUCUUCUUCAUGAUCUCCUGGAAACGACUUCGGCUCGUAUUUUGUGCCUCGUGCGCUUCAGUGACCCGACAGGGGACGAUGCCUCCGCUGGUGUUGCAAGAAUACGAAGGAACUUGCUUGAUUUGGGACUGUGGCAUAACUCGAUCCUAGAUCGCCUUGAAGUUUUGCCCGGCAAUCUUUCUCAUAGACGACUUGGCCUUGCUCCGGACGCUUACAAAGAGCUCGUGAACAAUGUCCAAGUCAUCAUACAUGCUGGAGCCACGGUCAACUUGGUGUAUCCCUACGCUGCUUUGCGGGAUGCUAACGUGGGCGGCACGAGGGAGAUCUUGCGCCUAGCGAGCCAAAGCGGCGCAACGCUACAGUACGUAUCGUCAAACGGCGUCUUGCCACCAUCCAAGAAUGCAUACCCCGAGACCGCCAUGAUUUCAGUGGGCGAUGUCCCGGAGAAGCUGGUCGACGGUUAUGGCCAGACGAAAUAUGUCGCCGAGCAGCUCGUCCAUGAGGCUGGUCGUCGUGGGAUGCCGGUGAGAAUACUGCGAGCAGGGACUAUCAGCGGCCACAGCACUUCGGGCUCAACUAACACUUACGACCUCUUCACUGCAUUGAUCGUGGAAUCGCUACACAUCGGGUGUUCCCCAGAUAUCGCAGGUUGGCGCGCUGAGAUGACACCAGUUGACUUUGUCAGUAUGGCCAUCACUCACUCUUCCAACGAUAUUCAUACGAAGCAACGGGUGUUCCACCUUGGUGAUCCCAACCCUGUGGAUACCAAAUCGCUGUUUGACGCCCUCACCGAGCUCGGAUAUCCAACGCAACGUCUUGGCUGGGACAAAUGGGUUUCGCUGUGGAUGGAGAAACGAGGAUCUGCGAAAAGAGGGGCUGGCGCUUUCACUGCUGAUAUUCUGCGGGGAGGGAUGCCGACGGUCGAGUUCUUGAGAGAUAUCACGAUUCUCGGCGACGAGGCCACCAAGCCUAUUCUUGGCGAUUUGAAGCGGCCUAAAAUCGACGUGAAGCUGCUCGAGACUUAUGCACGACAUUGGUACGCCAGAGGCUGGCUGCCAAGGCCACCUUUGCGUCUGAAUCAACCUUCUGGGUCUGGCAAGAAAAGAAACAAGGGAGCCUUGUGUGGACUCGUGGCUAUCGUAACUGGUGCGUCUUCUGGAAUCGGCGCUGCAACUGCUGCUGCUCUUGCCAAGGAAGGCGCCCAUGUUGCGCUGGCUGCCCGGCGCACCGAGGCUCUCGAAUUCCUGAAAAAGAAGCUCGUGUCCCAGGGCAGUAAAGUCCUUGUCAAACAAACCGAUGUCACGCAAAAGGGGCAGGUCGAAUCACUCGUGCGUGCCACGGAAGCUGCUCUCGGUCCAGUCGAUAUCCUUGUGUCCUGCGCUGGUGUCAUGUACUUCACUAUGAUGGCCAAUGUGCAAACCGACGAGUGGGAGCGGACAGUCGAUGUCAACUGCAAGGGUCUCCUUCACUGCCUGUCCUCUACAGUCCCUUCAAUGCUUUCCAGAGGCAGCGGACAUAUUGUGGCCAUAUCCUCAGACGCGGGCAGGAAGGUCUUCCCCGGCCUGGGCGUGUAUUCUGCGAGUAAAUUCUUCGUCGAAGCAACGCUUCAGGCCUUGCGAGUUGAGACUGCUGGCACCGGCCUAAGAGUAACGAGUGUACAGCCUGGAAAUGUGGCCACGGAGCUUCUAGCAAUGUCGACGGAUGCAGAAGCACUGAAGAAGUAUGGAGAGCCAUCGGGAGCGACGGUCCUUGAAGCUGAGGAUGUGGCAAACUCGAUCGUAUAUGCCCUGAAGCAGCCACAGCAUGUUGCUGUGAAUGAAGUGUUGAUUGAACCUCGGGACGAGCCGAUUUGAAAUAUUUUUUGGAUGCAGGACAAUCUUUGAGGCGUCGCAUCGGGUCGCAUACGUUGAAGAAGGAUUGGGAAGGUGAGGAAGGAUACGAGGCAGGUUCGGAGAAGAAAACAAGGAGGGCGCACGGACUAAGAGUUAGCCGAGCACUAGCGAGUUUCUCCUAUUUCUCGGAUAAAAGGACUCUCCCCGGCGCAGCAAUUCCAUCAACCUUUUUGUCCCCAAUUUCCACAAUAAUCUAUCUACCUGGCCU